CCAAAUUGAUUUGUUCAUCAAAAAGAGAAAAUAGUAUCAAGAGAAGUGAGUGUGGGUUUUGAAGUUGGAGUGGAAUGGCCAUCUUCUCUACAACGUUAGGUUCCUUCGCUUCCAUAUCCUUCCUCUCACAUUCACAACCCGACUCUUUUUCUUCUUCUACCGUCAAUCCAUUCACUUUCCCCAAAUUCCCCCACAAGUUCGCACCUUCCCAAUGCCAUCAUCAUCAUCGUCAUAAAAUCUUCGUCUCUGGUAGUAGUAAUAGUAGUAGUGAUACCCACAUUGAUGAAUUCGCCAGUGGUCUUCUUCAACGCCCUUCUGCUCCUGACUCAUACGAAGCCCUUCGCCAAGCUCGGAGAUCGUCAGAUUGGAAGGCUGCAAACGCAUAUAGAGAUAGCGGACUCAUUUACAAUGGUAGGGUUGAGGGUUCUAAUGCUGGAGGCUUGCUGCUUCGGUUUUACUCUAUCAUGGGCUUUCUCCCAUACCCACAGUUGAGCCCAUUGCAUGCUUGUAAAGCACCGGAGAAAACUAUCCAAGAAAUUGCAAGAGACUUGCUCGGUUCCAUUUUACCAGUCAAGGUAAUAAUAGUAGAUGAAGAUAAAAGGAAGUUGGUCUUAUCUGAAAAAGAAGCUUCCUGGUUUAAACAUUCAAAACAUGUCAACAUAGGGGACAUUUUUGAAGCAAUAGUUGGUUCUGUUGAGGACUAUGGUGCUUUUGUUCAUCUGCGUUUCCCUAAUGGUCUUUAUCAUCUUACUGGACUGAUACAUAUCUCAGAAGUGUCAUGGGAUCUAGUUCAAGAUGUAAGAGACUUCUUAACAGAAGGCGAUAAAGUGAGGGUCAAAGUUAUAAGUAUUGAUAGUGUGAAAUCGAGGAUUACACUGUCAAUUAAACAGCUAGAAGAAGAUCCACUUCUAGAAACUCUGGAUAAAGUAAUACCUCAGGAUGGCUCAGCUGCUCUGGAUAUUUUCAGCGGUAGUAAUAGCAGUGGCAUCGAGCCCCUUCCAGGGCUGGAGACAAUUCUUGAAGAGCUACUGCAGGAAUAUGGCAUAUAUGAAGCAAGAAUCAGCCGUCAGGGGUUUGAAAAACGAGUGGUCUCACAAGACUUGCAGCUUUGGCUUUCUAACGCACCUCCCAUGGACCAAAGGUUUACUCUCCUUGCUCGGGCUGGAAGACAGGUGCAAGAGAUACAUUUGAAAACAUCCCUUGAUCAGGAAGGUAUAAAAAAGGCAAUACAACGAGUAUUGGAGCGUGUUCCCUGAAAUCACAAUCAUUUUCCUCCCCAUAAUAAUCACAAUCAUUUUGUACAGUUUCACAUUUAUUUUAAAGUUUCAGAAAGACAUAAUUGAGAUGUUGCAUUAUUAUUUUUAUCGUGUAAUAAUGUAUUUGUACAACCAAUGUGUACCCGUAAAAUCCCAAGUCGUGAUUUAACCAACUCGCAAAAGGUUUUUCAAUUGUAAAAACACUUCAUUUAAUGACAACACCUUAAGAUUCUA